CACAGUCACACAGCAGUAUCUAAGCAAAAAAAAUCCUUCGUCUGAAGAUUGAAUAUACCUUUUUCAAGAAUGGGAGGUGAGAUUGAGAAGGUGGUGGUGAUCCAAACAUGUAUAGAUUUGAGUUGGAGUGAGAUGAAAUGGAUGCUCAAUGCUUUGCCCAUAAAUCCUGGAGAUGAGAUCAUAUUUCUUGGAGUUCUCCAACUCACUAAUUCUUCUACUUCCUCUUUCCUUUCUGCUGCUAAACUUUUGGGAUACAAGGGCAAAGAGGAUCCACAUGUAAAUGGUUCGAUGAGAAAAUUUAUGGAGGACGAAAGACGAAAGAAGAAGGAAGAAUACAGUCAAAACAGUGGGAUCAUCAAGCUGCAAGAGAAGCUUCAAUCAGAGAAAAAGGUGAAAGUGAAGGUGGAGGUAGCCGUUUGUACGUCUCGUAGGGUAGCUGCAGUUAGAGCUGUGAAAAGGUUGGGAGCCACUUGUAUGAUUCUAGACAGGGAGAUGAAGAAAGAGAAGCAAUACUUCAUGGAUAGAGUGUCAUGUGGGAUCUCAACUAUGAAGAGCAACAACACCAUUGUUCAACUCCGAGGUCCCAUCAUUCGACAUGUCUCAUACGACGAGAUGAUACCUUCUUACUCGUGGGAACACAUCUCUCCCACAAGUGAUCAAACCCUUCACACUUCAUCCAUAUAUAGUACUACUAUUAGUACUAAUUCAACUUCUUGUUCCACAUCAAAGGAAAACAGAACUCCCAAGAAUGAAGCAAAUGGAUUAAUAUACAACCACCACAAGUUUGUUGCUGAUCCGAUCUGCUCCCAUUGCAACAGCCAACGGCCUAGAACCGGGAGCCACAUGGAGUUCAGCUAUGAAGAGCUUGAUGAGGCGACAGGCGGCUUCUCAGAGGAGAACUUCAUAUCGGAAGGCGGAUUCGGGCUGGUUUUCAAAGGGAGGCUCAAGGACGGGCGGAAGGUGGCCGUGAAGAAACUCAAGGCCACAAGCCUUCAAGGGGAGAAAGAGUUCAAGAGUGAAGUUCACUUACUGAGCCAAGCAAAGCACCAGAAUGUGGUGAUGCUGUUGGGAUCUUGCACGCAGGGAACUCACAGACUCCUCGUCUAUGAGUUCAUCUGCAACGGCUCCUUGGAGGACAACUUGUCGGGCGAAUGCAAGCCUCUCAACUGGGAGCAGAGGAUGAAGAUCGCAAGGGGGGCCGCCAGGGGGCUGGCCUAUCUGCACGAACGCAGCAUUGUGCACCGGGACAUGAGGCCGGGGAACAUACUCAUCACUCAUGACUAUGAAGCACUGUUGGGGGAUUUCGGGCUGGCGAAGGAGGAUGAUGGGACCGGGGCUAACUCGGGUGGGGUAGUGGGGACGCUUGGAUAUGUGGCGCCGGAAUAUGCGGAAUCCGGCAAGAUGUCAGACAAAACAGAUGUGUACUCAUUUGGGGUGGUGCUGUUGCAGCUUAUCACUGGCCUCAGAACUACUGAUGAGAUUCCAGGUGGAAAGAGUCUAGUGGGAUGGGCAAAGCCACUUUUGGAAGCAAAAAACUAUCCAAAACUCAUAGAUUCAAGGAUUUUGGAGUGCCAUGAUGUCCACCAGCUAUUUUGGAUGGUGCUUGCUGCUGACAGCUGUCUCAAACAAGAUCCUCAUCACAGGAUCACUAUGAAACAGGUACUCAAUUACUUGAACUGCAAUAAAGAAGGCAACACCAACUUCAUUAUUGACUUAUCUAAUUGAGCUACAAUGUGUAUGAAUCUGCAUCUUAAAUUCAAUUAAUAAAUAAAUGUAACAAUUCGACUUAGAGUGAGAUUUAUUGUUUUAUCAAUUUGUUUUAGAUUCUAAAUUUAUUUUAGAUUUAGAGUUUAGUAAAAAAUCUUAAUUAAAUUACAAAAAAUUAAUCCGCUCGCUAUUCGAUUUAAAAUCACUGAAUUAUUUUUGC